AUGUCAAGCGUGGCUGGAAACGAGGAGGGUCGUGGUCAUCCCAUGCGCUCCGAGGAACCAGGCCUUCGUUUCGACGAGCAGAACGUCCAAAACGAAGCUGAGCAGAUGGAACUGGCGCAAUUUUCUCGGUCCCAACCAUCUGAACAGCCCGUCAUCGAGUUCGCUAUCGCCGAAGACACUCGAGGGAUUCUGUUGAAGCCAAAUGGCUUUUACAAGCACGGCGGUUUGUACUUUAAUAUCCACUCCUGGAGGUAUGAGCCCUUCUACCAGUUUGUGCAGCCCGACCCUCGCACCAGCUGCAUCAGAGGCUGGGGGGCAAAUCGAAAUACUUUCACAAAAGUAUCCCCAGCCCUUCGAAAGCGCUCCGUCGGGCGAGGCAAGUCCGUCGAGGCUCGCGUCUGA